UCUCCUCUCUGAGAUUCAGAAAUGGGUUUGAUGAGCAGCUUCUGGGAACGACAUCAGUUUCUGAUGCACCAAUGUUUUUCACUUCCAUUCGCAUUUCUGUUUUUCUUCCUGGCUAAACGGGGAUAUCUGUCCUUGACAUACAGGUACCUGUUUGUUUCUGCUGGAGGAUGCGUCCUGGCGGUCGUCACUAUGGGCGUCUACAGCUCGCUUCUCUUCGCCUCCGCCCUGGUCUUUGUCCUGCUGGUGGUCUCUGUGGACGCCGGCCGCGUCCACGCCUGGGUGUUUGGGAUCCAGAUGUUGUGGCAAACCUUCUGGCAUCUGCUCAUCCAGUACAGAGAAUACUACCUGCAGGAGCCCGUCAGCCUCAGACUGUUCUUGGCGGUGUCCUCUCUGAUGCUGCUCACUCAGAGAAUCACCUCGCUGUCCAUGGACCUUCAGGAGAGGCGCGUUCGGCCGCCGGCCGCCGCUGCGCCCCAACAGGAGGCCCGCGCGGCGCUUCUCCCGCUCGUCAGCUACAUCCUCAACUUCACCACCCUGCUCGGGGGCCCCUUGUGCCCCUACGGCCGCUUCGUGUCCCUGAUGACGGGGAUCAGCGCCGACCCUCCGCCCGAACCUCUGCGCGCGGUCUUCUUGAAGCUGACGCAGGUGUUGCCGAUGGAGCUGGUGAGAUGCCUGCUCGUCCACCUCCUGAACGCGUGCGAUCCCUCCGCCUCGGGCCCCCUCUGUGGGGCGGCGUGGGUUUUGGCUCUGGGAGCGGUGCUGAGGAUCCAGUAUUAUUCUCACUGGAGGUGCAGCGAAUGCCUCAACAACGCCGCCGGGCUGGGCUUCUGGCCACGUUGCCCGGGGGACCCCCCCGGCUGGAGCGGGCUGUCCGACGGAGACUUCUGGAGCGUGGAGGCGUCCAGCCGCAUGUCGCAGUUCGCCCGCCGAUGGAACGCCACCACAGCCUCCUGGCUGCGCAGGCUGGUGUACGCGAGGUGCAAGCGCUUCCCGUUGCUGGCGACGUUCAGUUUCUCGCUGUGGUGGCACGGCUGUCAUUUAGGGCACUUGGUGGGAAUGUUGACCUGGGCGGCAACGGUGACAGCCGACCGUCACGCACACGGCCUCCUGCAGCCCAAACUCUCGCCGGCGUGGAGGAAAGUGUACGCGUGUUUAAGCUGGAUCAACACUCAAAUGAAUGUGGCUUGUAUUGUUACGGCGGUAGAAUUGAGAAGCGUGUCUGGUUUGAGACUUUUGUCUACAACGUACGUCGGCCUGGUUCCCCUUUUUAACAUACUUCUGCUCCUUAUCUUAUUGAAACACAACACAGUUUAGUAAUGUAAUCCAGACAUUGUGUUGACUUUUGUG